UACAGACUGAACACGAGGAUUCAAACUGUCUGUUUGAAUCUUCAUCAGUACGUCUCGUCUUCAGAUGCUGUCAAAUAAAAAGCGAGCACGUGCUGACCCAGCUUCAGGUGUGGUCUGCCUGCAGUACCAGCCAUGCUGCUCCCCCUCCUGGUGCGUCAGUCCCUCUGCUGCUCUCAUAUGUUGUUAACACAGUGCGUCCGGACGCGCCCGUGUGGCGCUGCAAGGACGCUGCACUCUCAAGCCCAGCACUUCCUGCAACGCAGGCUUCCCCUGCGCUCCCACACUCAGAGCCGAGGCGCCAAGAGCCGAAACAGGAAGUCCAAGAGCCAGGAAGAGGAUUGGAAAACAAGGAAUAAGACAGUGCUGACGUAUAUCACCGCCGCCGGGGUGGGGAUGAUCGGCCUGUCGUACGCUGCGGUGCCGCUCUACAGGCUCUACUGUCAGGCAUCGGGGCUCGGCGGCACGGCGGUGGCCGGCCAUGACACCGAUUUGGUGGAGACGAUGCAGCCGGUGAAGGAACGCGUCAUCAAGGUUACCUUCAACGCAGAUCGACACGCCAGCAUGCAGUGGAACUUCAGACCCCAGCAGUCAGAGAUCUUUGUGGUUCCAGGUGAGACGGCACUGGCUUUCUACAGAGCAAAGAACCCCACAGAUAAACCAAUCACCGGCAUCUCCACCUACAACGUGGUGCCCUUUGAGGCAGGACAGUACUUCAACAAGAUCCAGUGUUUCUGCUUCGAGGAGCAGCGUCUGAACCCUCACGAAGAGGUGGACAUGCCCGUCUUCUUCUACAUUGACCCAGAGUUCGACGAGGAUCCCAGGAUGGCCCGAGUGGACACCAUCACUCUGUCCUACACUUUCUUUGAGGCGAAGGAGGGUCAGAAACUACCUCUGCCCGGAUACAGCUACAACUGAUCCAUCCACAGCUGCUGCACCGAGAGGAUCGUCCAAACACUGGACCAGGAACCUGAUUCUGGUUUAUGUUUCAGUCCAAGUUGAAAUGAAAAGGAAUAAUCCAAGAAUCUCUUCUUCUCUUCUUUGUAUGUGCUUCAGCAUACAAAUGCAGCUUUUGAUCAUUUGUCUGCAAGACUAAGGAAAAGGUCCGACGUAAUUGUUGUUUUUCCAGCAUCUCAGAGCAUUAAAGCCUCUGUGGGAAAAGAAAAAUUCUGAGAUUUUAACUCUCGCUUGUAGUAAAGAGGCGAGAGAUGUCUGUUACAGGUUUCACCAGCAGGCACCUUAUUAUUAGACAUGAUUGAAUCUUAAAUUACAGUGAAAAAUGAUGUGUGAGUUAACACCCUGCAGUCCAAACACAGCAGUAACAGGACAGACUCGUGGCAACCUAAUGUGACGAUAACAUACAACAUCUUGCAUUGUGCUCCGUAUUCAGAUUUUUUUGUCUUGAAAAGUUGUUUAUAGCUUAAUUCUUACAAUACGUAAUAAUAAUUAUAAUAGAUUACUUUAGUUUCCCAACAGUGGCCCUAAUACCCUGUCAUAUAUGGCUCAUUCUGGAAAAUUCUUUAAUGCAGCUUUUCAUUCAUAAAGUCCUGGAAGAAUUUGAUUGAUCCCAGAAAACUCAUGAAACAACUUUUAAGUGUCAGAAUCUGUAGUUUGUCUGAAGUUUUUAGGCCUUAAAAGAGAUUCUUGGAUUCUUUUUCUAUGUUUUACUUGCGGAUGCUUCUAUUUCACUCCACUUGAGGUCGAGGUGACGAGGCAACGCGUCAGGACGAAAAAUAAAAACUAAUCGAUGACGUCUGAACUUCAGAGACUGAACCUUGGGAGCGUCGAGCUGCAGCUCUGAGACUCACAACUGUUAGGAGAGACUUUCUUGAAAUCAGAAACUGUAACUUCACAGCCACUGUGGCCUGUGAGUAACAGUUAUUACAGUAGAUGAUUGUUCAGAAGACUGACAACAAAUCAAUAAAUUAUGAUU